AUGGGUUCGCAAUCCAUCGACGCCGACCUCCCCAUUCGCGUAUCCGAGACACACCACUCUAACAAGCCGCCCCCGGAGGACCUUCACCGGUACUGGAGAAGCCAUCAGCACGACGGUUAUCUCGAGCGAUAUUGGCCUGACGGGAACGACCACAACGAAUGGAUCAGCAGCAUCCGCCGGAUCCUUUCUCGACAAUUCCCGGACUUCGCCAACGCCGACAUUCAAUACUUUUCAAACGGCACCUUCAACCGCCUUUACAGCCUCACCAACCCGAGCUGGGAUAAAGCAUACCUCUUUCGGGUCUCGAUCCCGGUCGAGCCGUUUUUCAAGACCGAAAGCGAGAUCGCCACAAUGGAGUACGUGCGACGGCACACGACGAUGCCCAUUCCACGAGUGGUUGCCUUCUCCUCAAGCGACGACAAUGAGUUGGGGUACGAGUGGAUUCUGAUGGAGAUGAUGCCCGGCGAGCCCCUUCGCAAGCUGUGGAGCGCGAUGGCAGAAGACGCCCGAAUUGCGGUGUUCGCCGAGUUGGCAGUCCACGUCAAACAGCUGGUUGCGCUGCGCUUCAGCAAGUUCGGGAAUCUCUACUUGGCCGACGUCGCUGAUAAGGUGCUACCCCGCAACGUCUCCUUGCCGGUCAAGGGCGACGAUCUCGCGGAUGCGGUUGACAGAGAUAUUGGGCCCGGUGGACAGUUUGUCAUUGGCCGCAUCGUCGCACAGGACUUCUUUUUCGACAAGCGGGUUUACUAUCCCGGGUCGCGGGGCCCAUUUCUGACGACCCGGGAACUGGUCGAUACGCGCGUAGAGCUCCUCGGGAGGCGACUCCGACACCUCUCUCCCGUCGAGGGAGAGGCCUGGUACUGCGAAAACGAUCGAGAACUGGCGCGCCACAAGGAUCGUGUCUACGAGCUCUUUGAUCAGCUGAAGGCUCUAGUGCCGCGUCUCGUCCCGCCUGAGAACGGGCCAGAAGACCGUGGAGUCCUCUGGCAUGACGAUCUUUCGGAACACAAUCUGCUCCUCGACCCAGCCACGUUCAAGCUAACCGGCGUCCUUGACUGGGAGUCUGUCAGCAUUGUUCCCGCCUACGAAACCCAAGACGCGAGGCCAGCGUGGCUCUCGGACAGAGACUGGCGACCUACCCCACUGGUGCACCUAGCGCGCGGAAUCCCGCCCAACGAUGAGUUCAUCAAGGCAGACAAACUGCGGCGCGUGCUGGAGAUGGGCCCGGCUCGACAAGCGUACCACAGGAUUGUCGGGCCCUUGUACGACGACAGCUCUCCAGAGACCCAGCAGAGAGUCCGGAACAAGCGCGGGAUCGCGAAGCAGCUGGAGAUCGACGCGUUUCAGCACCGGCCGUGGUGUACUGCAGACUGA